AACAAAGCUUCUCUCUCUCUCUCUCUCUCGCCUAUCAUCUUUUUCCAGUUCGCUAUCAGACAUAUCUGAAACCCCAUAACUCAUAAAGCUUCACUCUUUUCCACAUCUCUUACUCCAAAGUUUUGAUCUUUCCCUCAAAAAAAAAAAAUGGUCGACGUUGAUCGGAGAAUGACCGGUCUCAGACCAGCUCACGCCGCGGGUCUCCGUCGUCUCUCUGCUCGCGCCGCCGCACCAACGACUCCAACGGUUAGAAACAGUCUUGUCUCUUUCUCAUCUCUCGCCGAACAAGUAAUCUCACACUUACACACUUCAAGGAUCCAAGUCCAACCGGGUCUAACCGACUCCGAAUUCGCCAAAGCCGAAGCAGAGUUCGCAUUCUCUUUCCCACCUGACCUCCGUGCAGUUCUCACCGCCGGUUUACCAGUCGGCGCCGGAUUUCCAGACUGGCGUUCUCCCGGAGCUCGUCUUCAUCUUAGGGCUAUGAUCGAUCUUCCUAUCGCCGCCGUGUCGUUUCAGAUCGCGAGAAACACUCUUUGGAGCAAAUCUUGGGGUUUAAGACCAUCCGACCCGGAAAAAGCUUUACGGGUCGCGAGAAAUGCUCUCAAAAGAGCUCCUUUGAUGAUACCAAUCUUUGAUCACUGCUAUAUUCCUUGUAACCCGUCUUUAGCGGGUAACCCGGUUUUUUAUAUUGACGAGACCCGGAUUUUCUGUUGCGGGUCGGAUCUAUCUGAUUUCUUCGAGCGUGAGUCUGUGUUUAGAGGUUCUGACACGUGUCCGGUUGUUUUAACGAAGCAGCGUUCGGUGAGUGAGAAAUCAGCUGGGUCGUCGUCUUCUUCGUCGAAUUUUUCAAGAAUGAGUUUAGAUUCGGGUCGGGUUCACGGGUCAAGUACACCGAGAUGGGUUGAGUUUUGGAGUGACGCGGCGGUGGAUCGUCGGAGGAGAAACUCUGCUUCUUCUAUGUCGUCGUCACACUCUUCAUCGCCGGAGAGAUAUCUAGAAUUACCAAGAUCCGAGACACCGAAAUGGGUCGAUGAUUAUGUGAACCGGAUCGGGUCGGUUUUAAGAGGAGGCGGGUGGAGCGAGUCCGACGUUGAUGAUAUAGUCCACGUGUCAGCAUCUGGUUUCUUUGAGGGUGAAAUGGUAAUUUUAGAUAAUCAAGCGGUUUUAGAUGCAUUGCUUUUGAAAGCGGGUCGGUUCUCGGAGUCGCUCCGAAAAGCUGGAUGGAGCUCCGAGGAAGUAUCGGAUGCACUUGGUUUUGAUUUUCGACCGGAGAAGGAGAAGAAACCGGUGAAGAAGCUAUCUCCUGAACUUGUCCAACGAAUCGGGAAACUUGCUGAGUCUGUUUCUCGGUCAUGAUUAUUCCCCGAUUGAGAUUCUUUUCACUUCUAAUUACCCCUCAAAGAAUACAUUUAUUAUAAAAACACACCAUUAGA